GCACUUCCCCGUGGCAGGCCAGUCUUCUCUGCCAUGUCGCUGUGGUCUGUACUCAGCAGCCCAGUGUGGGGUGCUGGCUCUGUCCUCCUCAUUCUGGUCCUCCUGCUUAGACUAAGUGUGCGGAUGUGGCAUAAGUUUUAUCUCUGGGACCUUCAGCACUGCUCCACGGAUUUGACUGGGAAGACAGCAGUGGUGACUGGAGCCAACAGUGGCAUUGGGAAGGCUGUGUCCCAGGAGCUGGCCCGCCGCGGUGCCCGUGUGAUCCUGGCCUGCCGUAGCCGAGAGCGUGGACAGCAAGCCCUGGCCGAGAUACAAGCAGCAUCUAAGAGCAGCCGUCUCCUACUUGGUGAGGUGGACCUGAGCUCUAUGGCCUCCAUCCGGAGCUUUGCUCAGCGGCUGCUGCAGGAGUGUCCUGAGAUUCACCUGUUGGUUAACAAUGCUGCAGUCUGUGGGUUCCCUACAACACUUACCCCAGAGGGCCUUGAUCUCACCUUUGCUACCAACUACACUGGGCCCUUUCUGCUCACAAAUCUGCUCCAAGGGGCCCUUCAGCGGGCAGGGUCAGCCCGGGUGGUGAAUGUAUCCUCCUUCCGGCAAUCACAUGGGUACAUUGAUGAGGAUCACCUGGUAGGGGCCGGUCGACCUUUGGCCUUCAACCAGAACUAUGAUUGCAGCAAACUGCUUUUGGCCUCGUUCACUGGGAAGCUCGCCCAGAGACUUCGAGGGACAGGUGUGACUGUGAACUCCGUGGACCCAGGUGUUGCGUACACAAAAAUCAUGAAGCACUUCUCCUGGUCAUAUCGCAUCCUCUUCUGGCUCCUCAGCUUCUUCUUUAAGGAUAGCAAGCAAGGCGCAGUCCCAGUCCUCUACCUGAGCUUAGCAAAGGAGCUGGACGGCAUUUCUGGCAAACAUUUUAGCAGUUCCUGUGUGAUAACUCUUCCCCCGGAAGCUGCUCAGGAUCCUCACGUGGCCCAAAGCCUCUGGAAUACCUCAGUCCGGCUAACAAACCUAGACAAGGUGGACUGAUCUUCUGUGACCCCUGCCCUAACUAGCCACCCUCCCUCUGACUCCCUUAUGCCUUCUGUCUGCCAGCUCCAAGGAUCAAUCUCUUUUGUCUAGUAGAGUGACCGCUCCCUCUCCCUGUUGGUUCAGGGAUGUGAGACCUCAGAUCAGCCAGGGGACAGUUUCAGCUUCUAUUUUAUUGCUAGUUGUCUGAUAGAAGUAUUCAUGUCUUAGGCACUGGGACCUCCAAACCUACUGAGUCCCACAUUGUAGGGACAGGGAGUAAGACUCCUUUCAGUGGGUAUUAGACGUGCCAGUAAGAGGGGGCACUUCUACCUAUAGCCCUUGGUUCCUGGCCUUGGGAGAGGCAGCGCCACACUGCGUCCUCUGGAUCAAGGUGUGUGCCGCGUCCUACCGGGCCGCACUCCAACUCCACAGUACCGUGACUGAGCCUACAGGUAACCCUUCCACCUUGCUAUCAAGCCAGCUGCUCCUGAGUGCUGAGUCCAGCAAUAAAGAUAGUGAAUUCUGAGGGUGAGAGACCAUUGUUUCUUUCAAAAUCUAAAUGAAUUUUGAAAUAAACUUUUUCAAAUUUCACAUACACAAAGCCUGUAUGUGUAUGUAUCUACUUGGGAGGAUUGAAGUUUUUAUGACAAUGAGUUGUUCUAAACAUGAACAGUGUGUACUUUUAUCUAUCUAAAUCUUUUUAAUAUCUUUGUAAAAUUUUGAAUAAAGAUCUUACACAAGUCUUACUAUAUUUAAUUUCAGAUACCUUACUUUUUAUGCUAUUGCAAAUGGUAUUUUGAAAUUUGUAUAUUAAUUGUAUAUCAUUGAGCAACUUUAUUGUUAUCUAAUUGUGAUAAGUCAUCUGUACAUUCUUUUGGUUUUUGCAUAUGGAAAAUCACACCAUCUGGGAAUAAUAACAUUUAUUUCUCCUCUUUCAAUUAAUAUAAAUUUUAUUUCUUUUCCUAGACUUUAACUGAUUUUCUACUAUUAAACCAAACUUGAAU